AUGGUGCGUAUUCCAAUUAAAAAGCUUGUGAUUGAAUCCAAAGAAAUUUUGGUUCUCGAUGGUGGUCAAGGGACCGAGUUGGAAAAUAGAGGUAUUGAAGUUGCCAACCCUGUGUGGUCAACAAUUCCUUUUUUGAGUGAAUCUUUUUGGACUGACAGCUCGUCUAAGGAGAGGAAGAUUGUCGAAAGUGUUUUCGAUGACUUCAAGAAAUCAGGUUCCAAUAUAUUGAUGACCAUCACAUACCAAACUAGUUUUACAUCCAUCGUCGAAAAUACGCAGUUUAAGACUCUUGCCGAGUACAAUACCCUUCUAGAUCGAAUUGUCAAAUUUUCCCGUAGUUGCAUUGGCGAUGAGCGUUAUUUGAUCGGUUCUGUGGGCCCAUGGGGUGCUCAUGUUUGUUGUGAAUUCACUGGUAACUAUGGCCUUCACCCCGAGAGUAUUGACUAUUAUGAAUACUUUAAACCGCAAUUAGAUAAUUUCAAUGGACAGGAUGAAAUUGACUUGAUAGGCUUUGAGACGGUUCCUAAUUUCCAUGAGUUGAAAGCCAUUUUGUCCUGGGAUGAAACGAAGAUUGCCAAGCCAUUUUAUAUCGGAUUGUCAGUUCAUAACAAUGGUGUUCUUAGGGAUGGUACAACCAUGGAAGAAAUUGGUGAAUACAUCAAAGGCCUUGGAGAGAAAAUCAGCUCCAAUUUCUUGCUGUUGGGGGUCAACUGCGUGAGCUUCAACGACUCUAGUGACAUGGUGAAGUCAAUUCAUAAGGCUUUGCCGGAUAUGCCGCUAUUGGCCUACCCAAACAGUGGUGAGGUGUAUGAUACUGAAAAGAAGAUCUGGUUUGACAACAAGGACAAAUUGGAUAGCUGGGACUCAGUGGUAAGAAGCUAUAUCGACAAUGGAGCUAGAAUUAUCGGCGGCUGUUGUAGAACAAGCCCAAGAGAUAUCGCCGAGGUUUCAGCUGCUGUGAAGAAAUACAACAAAGUACAAGAGUGA